AUGUUUCGUUCUUUCAAGGUUGUGGCUCUUCUCGCGAUUGCUUUCAGCCAUGCAUUCGCAUCAGUGUAUGCUGGAUAUACACUUGAACUGAAGCGUGAUUCAGGAUCUAUGAAGCACAAUCCAGACAAUCAUAAAGCAUUGAUGGAUAGCAUUGUGGCCAAGUAUACUAAGAAUGCGAUGAACUAUCAUCGGAAUACAGGCAAACAUGCACGAUCUGUGAAUGCUUCGAAAUUGAUGAAGCGUUCCGGGAACACGGCUUCACUUGAUAUGCUCAGAUGGAAUUGGAAUGUCGAGCUUGAAUUUGGAUCGAACAGGCAGAAACUUUACGUCAAAUUCGACACGGGUUCGUCUGAUGUGGUGAUGGACGGCCGGGGUUACGAUCCCUCAUCUUCCUCUACUUCUGAAGACCAGCACACAACGUUCAAUGCUAAUUAUGUUAGUGCCAAUGCUGGGGGGAAAGUUUACAAAGACGUCAUCGCAAUGGCAGGCAUUCAGGCGAAGGACGUUACAAUUAGUGUGUCUAAUGAUGACUUCCUUACAAUGAAUAAGGACGCCGGUAUCGUGGGUCUCUCAUGGCCUUUGUUAAGCUCUUACAACUCGUCUGAGCCAACUUUCUACGAGGCAUUCCAGCGACAGAAACUUCUCAAAAGUAACGUGUAUCAAUUUACGUUGAAGGCAGACUCCACCUCGUAUCUUGACGUCGGACAAAUUGACACGUCAAAGUUUUCGGGAAGCCUCGGCUGGGUCAAUGUAAGUCCUAGCGAUGGUUAUUGGAGCACAGAUAUUGGUAUCAAUGGCAAUGACUGCUCCGGUAUUAUCGACACAGGCACAACCAUUAUUGUUGCUGGCAAUGACAAGUUGAAGAAUCUUCUCAGUAAGCUUGACGGUGUGACUGUCAAACAGGACGAUGAUGGAAAUUACCAGGGCUGGUUCAAUUGCAACAGCCCUCCCGAAAUCAAAUUCAGUGUGGCAGGCAAGCAAUUCACGAUGCCGGAAGCGAUCAUGAAGUAUCAGCAAAGUGGUAACGAAUGCCGCCUUCCGAUGAAUGGAAUGGAUGGCUUUUCCGAUUGGAUUUUUGGAACCCCUUUCAUGGAAAUGGCAUCCGUUGUGUUUGAUUUUGAUAACGCACGUCUUGGAUUUGCUUCACAGUAA